UUUCUUGAAUAUACCAAUUAAUGUGAUAGGUUUUAACACAAUACAAGCUACAGAGAAGGAAUAGUCAAGAAGUUAUGGCAACACUACCUCUACACUGGUACUAUCACAAGCUUACCUCACUUUCUUCUCUUCUCAGACUCAGUAUUCCACAAACUCUUCUUCUUGACGAUACCAUUCCCCAGCUCCCACAUACUUCACCUAUACUUCCAUAUCAUCUCAUACCACAUCGCAUCACGUCCCCAGCAAACAACUUCGCAAAAGGCAAGAAGAAACGCUCAAUACUUGCCAGCCCAGUGCUCGUAUAUCGUCCAACUGAACACUCCAACGGUAAUGUCUCACAGCCGCGUAAAAGCGGCAUGCAAGAAUCCACCAAUCCACCCAACUCUGCUACGUCGACACCCGUUUCCCAUCUCGAUGCUGUCUCACUUUCUUUUUGGCGCCCGAAGCUCUGGUCCAAUAGAGAGACAUACACACACAUGAGCCGCGAGAUCUACUCCCUAGUUUCAGGGAUUCUCCUACCAAAGCUGACAUCAGAUCUCUUUGUAUCGACACACAUUCCAGAUGUCCCAUCUGCCUAG